AUGGGAAGUGCCACGAGAUGCGACCCCCCUCUAUUCUACCUUCGUGGAUCUGAAGAAAGCCUGGAACAGGGCCUUCUGCCGGAAAGUCAAUGCGGCUUCCGACGUCAUCGUGGGACCACGAAUAUUAUCUUCGACGCCCGCCAAAUACAGGAGAAGUGCCAGGAGAUGCGGACUCACCUAUACUCUACCUUCGUGGACCUGACGAAAGCCUUCGACACUGUGAAUCGUGAAGGACUGUGGAAAAUCAUGCAGAAGUUCGGCUGUCCGGAGCGAUUCCCUCAGAUGGCGCGCCAGCUCCACGGUGGCAUGAUGGCGCGAGUCAUGAACAACGGAGCUGUCUCAGAGGCAUUCGCAGUGACCAGCGGAAUGAAGCAGGGCUGUGUCCUCGCGCCUACCCUCUUCAGUAUUAUGUUCUCUGCCAUGCUGAUGGAAGCCUACCGUGACAAACUUCCUGGGAUCCGCGUUGCCUACAGGACGGACGGCCAACUCUUCAACCACCGGCGGAUGAGCUUCCAGUCGUGUAUAUCCCCAACCACCGUCCACAAACCUCUCUUUGCUGACAACUGCAAUCUCAACGGAACCUCAGAAGGGGACAUGCUAAGGAGCAUGGAUUUAUUCGCCACCGCCUACGACAAUUUCGGCCUCAGUAUUAACAGAGAAAACGUUGAUUAUCCAACAACCGUCAUCCAACGCCGAUUACGUUGCAUCCAAAUCAACGUGAACGGCGACGGCCGUGGGCAACUUAACGUAUCUGGGAGCACCCUCUCUCGCAGCACCGAAGUAAACGAUUAA